AUGUCGACAAAGUACGCGCUCUUGUCGCUUCCGCUCGGCGUCUUCGACUCCAGCGAUAGAGAGGAAGCCAUUUCGUCCCUGCGCGGCACCAUCUCCUCCGACAAUGGCUCCGUUCUGCCGUUCAGCAUCCCCGACUUCAAGAUCGGUACCCUCGACGCUCUCGUCCAACAGGCGGAUGACUUGGCCAAGCUCGAGGCUUCGUGCCAAGCUGUCGUGACCAAGGUUGGCGACUCACUAAAGAACGUCCUCGAGGGUGACGAAGACCGCAUCGCCCAGUACAAGAUGGUCAACGAUAGUAAGAUGCGCCCGUGUCUAUCUCGCUGGCUCAUCGCUAAUUCUUGCUGGCAGAGCCCACCGACCAGUAUCUCGGAGCUUGCGACCGUUGACAACGACGUGAAAACAAAGUUCAAUCAGUACAACUCUGUCAAGACAAAUCUCGCGACCCUUCAGCGUCGCCAGACUGGUAACCUGUCUACCAAGUCCCUCACCCCUAUCGUCGACCCGUCUCUCCUCAUUCAGGACUCCGAGUACAUCGAGACGCACCUCAUUGUCGUGCCGGCCAACUCGAAGAAGGAUUUCAUCAAGAGUUACGAAACACUAUCCCCCAUGGUGGUCCCUCGAUCAUCGGUUCAAGUCGCUCAGGACGAGGAAUUCGUCCUGUUUGCCGUCGCAACUUUCAAGAAGCACAGCGCCGAGUUCCUGGCAAAGUGUCGAGAGCAGAAGUGGACACCCCGCCAGUACAAGCACGUUCAGGGCGGCCGAGAAGAGGAGCAGCGAGAGCUCGACCGAGUCACCAACGAGGAGCGCAAGGUGUGCGGAGAGGCUCUGCGCAUGGGACGCACGGGAUGGAGCGAGAGUGUCAUGAUCUGGGUUCACGUCCUGACAUUGCGCGUCUUUGUCGAGGCUGUUCUCCGCUAUGGACUUCCCCUGGAUUACGUGACCGCCCUGGUCAAGACGACAACUAAGCUUGCGCCCAAGGUUAAGACGGCGCUCGACUCCAACUACUCAUACCUUGGAGGUAACGCAUUCGGCAGGGACAAGCGUGGUAAGAUCACCAAGGACGACGCUGCGUUGAGCUCGGAGAUGGCAGCGGCGGGAUUCCAGACUGGAGAGGGCCACGAGUACACGGCGUACGUCUACUACGAAGUCGAGUUUCCUUGAUGACGGCAACGACUAGGAGG